GUUUUUUAGCCGGCCAGCUUUAUGGGUUGCCGGGGUUUUCGUGAAGGGCACACGUAAAGUUCUUUGAUUAAAGGAUUCCAAUUAUUGUUGGUGUCAAGAAAUGCUUCAUAAUGCCAGAGCAACUUGAGCUUCAGCAGCUCGUGGGUGCUGAAAGUGAAGAAUGUCGAAAACUACGUAGUCCAACCCAAAGUUUACCAUCGUUGCUGUGGAAAACAUGCCCUUAUCUCGGACUUUUUCUAGCAACCCUUUCCUCUUUGUUUUUUUCUUUAUGCUCUGUUAUCGUCAAGUGGCUUGUUGAUGUCCACCCAAUGGAACUUGCAGCAUGUCGUUUUGUCGGUGUUCUUCUUCCAGCAAUUCCAAUUGUUUUGUUUCGUAAGGAACCACUGUUUCCCCAGGGUCGUCGCAUAAUGCUUCUAUUGCGUUCAUUCGUAGGGACAACAGGGUUAAUGCUCAGUUUCUAUGCAUUCCGACACAUGCCUUUAGCAGAUGCUUCUGUCGUCGUGUUUAGCGUGCCAGUUUUUGUUGCUAUUUUUGCUCAUUUGUUUCUCAAAGAACCUUGUGGUUUAUUCAAUGCAGUGUCUGUUGUGCUCACUUUAGUUGGUGUUGUAUUGAUUACACGUCCACCAUUAUUGUUUGGACACAGUAUUCCUGCUUUAGCUUCUCCAAAUGAAACCACAAGCACUAGUGAUUUUUGGGGAGCAGUUGCUGCGUUUUCUGCUACAAUAUUUGGUGCUAAUGCAUAUGUUCUGCUACGUGCUUUGAAAGGCUUACACUUUUCUGUUAUCAUGACUAAUUUUGGAGCUUUUGCCUUGAUUCAGACACUAUUGGUGACAUGGGAACUGGGUGGCUUGUGUUUACCUCGCUGUGGCUACGAUCGUCUGUUGGUGGUGGCUCUUGCAGUUUUCAGUUUUGGUGGCCAAAUAUUACUGACACUUUCUCUUCAGCUAGAGCAGGCAGGCCCAGUGGCCAUAGCACGCUCAGCUGACAUAGUGUUUGCAUUCAUUUGGCAAGUGCUGUUCUUCAAAGAAGUACCAAACUGUUAUAGUAUUGCUGGUGCUUUUUUGGUUACUAGUUCUGUCAUGUUGGUUGGUGUGAGAAAAUGGGCUUUGGCAUUGCCAGAGUCUUCUCCCAUGAAGAGACGUCUGGGAGUAUUAGCUAGAUAGUAGAGCUUUCUUGUGUUUUUUUCAUUGUACAUUCUAAUUACUAUAUCAGAUCUUAUUGCUCAAACUUUGGCUUUUGUGUUAGCAAUGUAUUUCUUUCAUUGUAACUUGCAUUAAUACUCUGACUACGUUGAACAAGUUUUUAGUUGUUGAUCAUGUUGCAUAGUAUGUAAGAAUGAAAUUUAUAACCACCAGCAUGGCUGAAAUAUUUUAUUUUAUGAUAAUUUUAAUGUAAAAGUGGCUACUUCAUGGGGAUAUCAUGAUGAUUGAACUAUAUAUCAAGAAUAUUGAGCAAAUUCUGGGAAAUAAUGAAAGAACAGGGAAUUUUCUCUAAGCAUGGGCACAUUUUUAAGAAUAGUCAGUCAUAUUUUGUACAUACUUAUUCCACAAGGAUAAAACAUUUCUGUAGUUUUUGGCAUACUAGAUAAGAAUUCUUUGUUAAUUUUAUAGAUUGUGGAGCUUUGACUACCUUAUUUUAAGUGAUGUUCAAUGUAACAACUGAAAAUUUUUCUUUGUGUAUACAAAAUGUUUGUGGACACAAUGAAUGUCCAAUAAAUAAUUACUUGCGUGAAAAUAAGACAAAAACAUUUUGGCCGCUUUUUUGUAUAGUGUCGUACUUCAGACCUCGGACUGCUCAAAAUUCGGCCUUGAGUGUACAUUCAUGAACGCUUGCAGCAAUCAGUUGGACAAUGAAAAAAAAAAUAUUUAGGUUCCAAAAUAAAUGUCACUGUGGACUAUUGGUUGUUGAAAUAACAUCUCUCAAACACAAAUUGAUAUUAACUGUUUUUGUUACGAUUUCAUGAAAACUCCUGUCAUCAUGGCCAUCAUUUUUCGACCACGAGAACAAAUACAUGUUAAUCUACAAACAAGUGGCACAUAACCAUUUUUGAGCACUAUUUACUGGCGAACCUCCAUAGUGAGGAAUGCAAUACAAGUCAAGAUAAUACUAUGGGUUGCCGACAAAUAAGUUGGGGGAGGAAUUCGAUACUCAAUUUAUUUUCUUUUGUCUCUGGUGUUUUUUUUUUUUAUAUCAGCAUAUUUUGACCGGCAUUAAUAAUGAACAGAAGUCAAGGCCGAAAACUAUUACUUUGAUAUGUCAAGUGAAAAACUAGAGACUAUUGCAGAAUAAAACAAAAGAAAAAAUGUUGAAUGGGAAAGAAACUAGACAGACUAGCAUAUGGUGCCAUAAUUCUUUUUUUCAUUAAGUGUCUUAACAAAAAAAGUUGUUUAAGGGGUACCAUAAAAAAAUAACAUAUAUCUGUUUAUUAAGAUUUUACCAUUACAAUUAGAUUUUAGAUACAGUUAUUCAAUAGCUAGUGUUAGUGAUUUUUAGUGAAUGGUAAAAAAAUUGGACAGACAGGUAGGCAAAAUUAAUAAUAUUCUGAUUUCUGUGAUUAAAAUAGUCUCUAUGAAAAAUUAAAAGCUAUGAACUUAUUUUCAAAGCAAUCAACUAACAAAAAUACUGGUGAGCAUUUUAAUUGUUUAUUUUAAUAAUUAUUAUUUUAAUGUGUUGUAAACUGUUUUCAUCCCUGGGUGCUGCUGAAGAAAUUGUAAUUGUAUCCUUAUGGUUUGCUGUAUUAUUUAACCAAUACUGUAUUUUGUAAAGUUUUUCCGUACAUUACUACUUUUAUAUUUAAAAUUACAUACAAGAGCUACUAAAUUAUGUUCAGGAAAAAUACUUUUACAGAAGUAACAUAGUCUUACAGAAAUACUUUAUAUUUAAUAUUAAAUGGUUAAUUUGGUUUGAGCUUUAAUGCAACCAACAUUAUUAGCUAAUUUACAUGUAUUUUUAUUAAUGUAGUAACUUUUUAUGACAUUAGAAAACUUUAAAAAUCAGGGGGAAAAUUUGGAAGUUGGUUCUGCCAGUACAGUGGCUACCAUGUUGUGCUGUUCUUGUAAAUAGCAGUAGUAGUUCACUGUUUUAGUGAUGUAUAAUUGUUCAGUGAAACCAAUUAAAUAAGCACCUAAUGUAUGUUAAUUUUGCCAUUUAGUUACAAUUGCUGUUCCAUUAAUGCACCACUAUAGCAUAUAAUGCAUGUUGUAUAAAUUUUAGGCAAUUCACAUUUAUUAUCUAUACAUUUCACAAUAAUGAUUUGUCUGAGAUUGUUCCAACAAGACAAUCUUUUUUUGUUAUUUUUUAAAUACUUGUUAGCAGUAUUUCACAAAAUAUUGACUAAACCUUAGCAUUAUUAAAUUACAUUUAAAGAAAGGGUGGCUACCCCCAUUUUAUUACUGAAGUUUUCACAGGUGUAAAAUUGCCUGUUCUAAGAAUUUUUAAUUGCAGAAUUGUUGUUUAACUGCAAGUAGUUUGUGAUAUUUCUUUAAAAAUAGUGUUCUAAAAUCUUAUUUUAAAGACUGUACAAAAAAAAUGGCCAAUAUGUUUGACUUAUUUUUUGUAAGGAAUCACCUGACUAGCUUUGUCAGUGUAGUUUGGAAACACCCUAUCUAUUGUGAAUGUCAACAAUGACAUGCAUUAAUUUUGUGAGGUGUUUUCUCAUAUCUGAUCAGGAAAAAUUUUUGUCAUUUUAUUGUAAAAUGAAUAUUCAAAGAGUAUUAAAAUUUGUAAAAAUUUCAUAAACUUCUAUAGAUCAACUACAAAAUUUUUGUAUGCUGUUUUUGGAAAUACAGUAGAACCCUGUUAUAAUGUUUUUCAAGGGAGCAUAAGAAAAAAACAUUAUAAGCAGGAAAACGUUACCGUAUAAGCAGGAAAUCUCAAUUUAGCACUUAAUGUUCGAGCUUUGUACCAAUGGACUCACCAAGCUAUGUAAACAUUUUUAAUGUUAAAACCAAAGAUAGUAUACUUGAUACAUGAAUUUUCUGAAACAAGCCAACAAUUUUUCAACUUCGUCUUGUUCCCUGGUUAAAUUUUGUUUGUCUUUAAAGAUACACUGCCACAUUUUUUGUAAAAUUGUCUCACGAUUCAUGACGACAAUAUUAAUAGUGAGAACGUCUACUCCUUUGCCACCUGUAAAUGUUUAAAUUUGGGAUUCCUAGGUAUGAAUGAAAAAAAAAAUUAUUUGUAAGCAAUAGAAAACACUUUUAGUUAUGCCUUCGCUCAAUGGUUGGCAACUUAAAUAUUGUAGGACUAUGUACGUGCAUCUGAAUACCCACUGGAUGGCAAGGAAGAGAAGAGUUGACUAAGGGUGCCAACUGACACGUAACUAUGAACAUUUUGUACCUUCAGUAUAUUGCAUAAAAUUGUAUUUUUACAAACUUCAUGUAUUGUAUGGCAGUGAUUGUAAACAUAAACAUAUAUAAAGGAAACUUUUUAUCGUAAGUGUUGGAAUAAUUUGGUUUUAAAACAUUUUUUCCCCAUUUAUUGAAUGUUAGAAAUCAAACAUUAUAAGCAGGAAAUUACACUAUUUAUGACCGUUAUAUGCAGGAAAUAAAUACAUUGUCCUUAUGGGGGAAUUAUUGGGACUUUAAAAAUAUGACAUUAUAAGCAGGAAAACAUUAAAUGCAGGAACAUUAUAACAGGGUUCUACUGUAAAUGUAUAUUUGGUGGAACUUAAAUUAGGAAUAACAUCACAUCCUUCUUUUGCUAUAUAGGUAAAUAAUGUGAAUGAGCUCCAUUAUAAGCCUGUAAUUUAGAAAGAAAUAAUUCUAUAAUUCAUUUUUAUCAUAAAGUAAUCUGCAUGUAAAAAAUUAAUAAAAUGUGGCUUUGAUGGAACUUGAUUAAGCAAGUUGCUUGUAAAAAAAUGACAUGUUUAUGUUACAAUGUGCAAUUCUUAAUUUGACUUUAUGUAACCUGUGUUACAUUUAUGAAGCACACACACACAAAAAAAUUUAUAUACUAGAGUAUAUCCUUUUCACAAUAAAUUAAAAUUUAAUUUACUAUUUACUUUGUUGACUUGACAGUUGAUAUAUUCACUAUUUUAUUUAAUGCCAUAUAAAGCAAAUAUGGCUGCAAACCUUAUCACAUACCUGAUAGAUUUGCUGUUUUGUUGAAAAUGGAGCUUAAAAUAUGAUAGCUUAUGAAAUGUAACAAAGGUUCGAAAAUUAGGUAGCACAAAUUUUGAAAUAAACCUUUAAUUUCGAUAAUGCAACCAUUUGGUUUUUGGUUUAUUUUCUCAUGGAGAGCAAUACUUCAAAGUAAAAAUUAAAACGCAUCAAUAUUAAAACAGCAUUUUUGGCUUAUUGCUUAUCUAUGAAUUACAUUACAAAGUUAACACACUUCAUCCUUACUUGUCCAGUAUACUAAAGUUACACUAAGUAUCCUCUGUUAGCAGUGUUAUGGAAGAUAUGGUGAAAGGAGGAGAAAAUCUAUACCUUCUAAAAAAAAAAAGUGGUUCCAUUUGAUGUCCACUGGAAGGAAAAAGAAAGUUAUGUAGCAACAAAAAAGACAUUCAAUUUUUUUGUUACCUGUAAGUAGUUAUUGUAUUUAAUAUUUUGAGAACUAAUUUUAAGAGUUUUACCACUUUUUUUGCUCAGUCAUUCCAACAUUUAUAUUUCUUGUUGCACAUCUGAUAACAUUGUUUCAUCUUUGAUAUUUUUGCUUAGAAGUAUUGCAUUUACUUAAGGAACAAGAAUUACCUAAAUUAAGUUUCUCUUAUGCUGGUUUCUUCUUGUAAAGUCCACAUAUGGCAUAUUUAUACUCUGGGGUAAUUUUCAUUCCAGUAUUAUGACUUUAUAGUUAUUGAUGAGCUGAUAACUUCGGUACGUUAUGAUUUCAUUUAUAGCCAGAAAAAUCUGAGAGGCUUUCAAAUUAUGUACUAUGUGGUAAAUUUCAAUAGUAAAAUACUGCUUUAAUGUAAUAAUGAUGUGGAUUUGUGAACUAAACGCACUUAUGCAUGAAAUAAAUAUGACAAAAACUUUAAAUUAAUGGCCAUCUUGUAUACACUAAUGCAAAAUCAUACCAUAACUUUUACAACACAAUUUUAUCUCCUCAUCUGUAACUUAUGUUAUCAAUUUAAAAGUGAGUAUUAUCAACUUAAUUAUGUUACAAUUGAAUAGCCACUCUGAAUAAGGUUUUAAGUAAUGCUAAGCUGAAGUCAGGGGGAUCUGAUGUAUACAAUGUUUUGUUGUUGAUAGGGUUAGCAACACGUUAACAUUGUGCACUAUUAACAAUUUUCUUUCAUGUAAAAGUCAGCUUAUGUAAAAAUGAAGCUUAUAACAUUGUUCUAGUAGCUAUUCAAUAAAUGAAUAUUUAUUUACAUUUAAAUAUUUCCUUUCAAGUUUAAGUAUAAAUGUAAGCAUACGUCUCACGGAAGUGCUUUGAAAGAAAAUAAUGAAUAGACAUCUCUAUAAUUUGUAGUCAGACUAAAGAAAAUAAUAAAGUUAAUUUUUCUGUGGAUAUGUUGUAGGGAAUGGCUGAUUUGAAUUUGUGUUGUGACAAAAAGUGGUGGGCUAGUUUUUUUUGAAGGAACUAGUUUUCUAAACAUCUGUUCCUAUCGGUCACUUCUUCUAACUAUAUAAACACUUAUGUUGCAGCAUUAUCACUAUUAAUCUAUCUGUUUACUUUUAGUGCAUUGGCCUGACAUGGUUCUUUUUUCAUACAUUAAUUUCUUAUUUCUUAUUACUUUUUAACAAGCAAUUGUAAUAAAAUUAUUUUGACAAAUAAAAAUGGCUUUAUCAAAAAGUGUUUGACGUAUUGUAUAAGUUCAAAUGCUUUUGGUUUUGGCUAAAACAUUUUCCAAGUGUAGGUUGUUAAAAUUUGUUUGUGCUACCUAAAUUUAUUGUGAUGUGAUCUUAACUUGUCAUCAUUGUCUUUACUUAUAAGUGUAAUAAUAAGUUCUCAUGUAUAAAUUAAUUGUUGCCAUGGUGAAUAGAUAUGUGCUGUUAAUAAUUUACUUUUAAAAUUAAUUAUAUAUGUUUCACUAUUUAUGCAGUUAUAUUGUGUGUUAUAAUUACAGGUCACAGUCAUUUGUUGCAUGUCUUAUUUACAGUUGUGUUUUGUUUAUUCUCCACAUUAUAAAACUGUAUUUAAAAAUUUGACUAAAAAGUUUCAUUUAUAUUGGAUGAUAUUUUUUUUAAAAUGGCUAUCAUUCAUCACAGGUAUGAGAACAGACAAUAUUAUAUAAAACUGCCGAAAUAUUUAACUACAGUAGAACCUCGUUUCCCCGAUCAACUGGGGCCGGUGCCAAUCCGAGCUAUCAAAAAUCCAUGUUAUCCAAAGAAUGAGGGAAAAACAAUAAAAAAGAACAUGUAUGUACUUAUCACAAAAUAUUUUUAGCUACAAACUAGUUGCUAAUAAAAAAGGCAGUGAGCUUUUGCUGCCUCAGUUUUGUGUAUUGCUAACGAGUAGCACAAUCUCUAUCUGCUUUAGCAUUAGAAGCUCAGUUGGCUAUUUUUUGGCUUGACUCUCAGAAUAAACCAUAAAUUUAUCUAUGUUUCUACUCUAAAAUCAGCAGCAACAUUCCUUAACGGUUCUUCCCUACCAAUUCUUGUCAAUGCUUCCAACUUUUUUUUAUAGUCACAACAAUGUUUUUACGUUUUGUUGCCAUUGCAGACAACGUCCAAACGAAACAGCACAAUGAUACUAGGACAACACGUGAACACUACCGAGAUUGAAGCGUAACUGAGGAAUAGUCUCUCUAGGUCAAUGUCAAGUGUGAGGCAGGAGAGGGCUGAGUCACCAGUUUGCUGCAUAGCAACAGCAGGUGGGAUGAGUGCAAUGAACUCACCCACUGGCAAGUGAAUUCAAGUAAUGUACCUAUUGAGAAUAGCAAUUUAUAGUCUGUAAAACAAGUCUUCAUUUACUAUCAACAUUGUUUUUUUCCAAAACUGGUCGGGGUUAUCCAAAUGUCCGGGUUAACGACGUUCUACUGUAUAUACAAGACAUAGAUUGUGAAAUAAUAUUUAUAUUUUGUUUGUAUAAUUAGAGGUGGUUCAGCUAACAGUAGAGAAUGUGAUGAAGUUUGUACACAGAAGUAUUACUGUUAGUUAUGUACAUUUUAAUAAAAAAAAGCUUCUUUUAAUGUUAAUUCUAAUUAUUUAGUAGGAAAGUGUAUAUUUAUAUAAUCAUAUCAGUGCUCCGGAUUUUACAAUUUGGUAUAAUCUGCCUCUCUUGUUCUUUAUUCCAGUUUUAUGCUUACAGUAUUCUUUUAUUGUUUUGUUAUUGUUGUUUAUUAUGUUUUCAUAAUAGAGGUAGCCUGUAAAGGAACAAUUUUGUUCAGUGAAUAAAACUUUUGCUUAUAAAUAUUUUCAAGGUGGCUGGAAAGUGAACUGUGAUUUACAAAACAUCUAAUUUUUUAAAAUUGGCUCAUUGUGGUGGCAGAAUUAUUUGCCUGAAUGUUUUCUGUGAUAUACUUAACCAAAGUAAUUUUGUUUUCAAUGUUUUACCAUGUUUCAACAAUGGAACCCAAUGAAAAGAAACUUUAUUUUGUGUGCCAGUUUGUUCUUAUGCAUUCAACACAAUAUUUUUAUUUGUAUUAAGUAGAGAAAAAAUAACUUUCUGAGAGGGAGAGACAUUGUUUAUAAGUGUGUUAUAAUUUGGUGUUACUGUACCUAACUUUUAAGGUAGACAGAGGUGACCAGAUCUGUGAGAAAUAUUGCAGCAUUUUAAAAAUGCAAUCUGUAAAUUUGUCAACAUAAAUGGUUUAAGUAAACUGGUUAGUGUUAGUGUUGAGGACAAAAACUAACUUUUCAUGAAUAUAAAAUAAUAUAUGAAAGUAAAACCGGAUAAGCUGUGAAAAGUCACUCUGAAUCAAAAUUUUAAUUUAUUCAAACAAACGUUAACAGUAUAGCAAUGAAAAGAAUAAAUGUGUUACAGAACCAGUUCCAUGGAGAGAGUUUCUGCAAGUAAGUUAGACACAGUACAAAUUCUUUCAAAAAAAUUAGAAAUGUGGGUUUUGUGGGACAUAUUUACUUUAUGUAAUUAACAUUUUCACUUUAUAGCCACUUUUAGUAAUUUAAAAGUAGGUUCUUUUGUUUGUAAAGGGUAAAAAUAACUUCUUAAAGCCAUCCUAGAAAACUUUCAACAGCUGCAAUCAAAUCAGUUGCUUACCAAAUUUACAUACAUGUUAUUUUUUUGUAGCAAUAGUCCAUCUUUGUGAACUUUUUGUUCAGCCAGAGUGAAUUUAUUCAUGUUUGGCCAGCUAGAGUGAAUUUAUUACAUUUGAUUCAUGAAAGUUGGAAAAAGUCUACUAGAUAAGUUAUUCCAUUUUUUUUUAUCCUGCAAAGCCUUAUUUGAAUGUUAUAGAUACCAAACUAAAAUUGUUUGGUGUAUGUACAAGUAAAUUGCAGAGAAAAUGACAGCUAUCAAAUAAGAUAUUGCAAAACUAUAUCAUGUUAUUUUGAAGAGAAGUGCUUGAGGGAAAAGAAUUCAUUGGUAUAAUACAAUUACAAAAGAAAUCAAAUAUGUUAACAGCAUUCGCAAAAAUAAUACAGUUUGAGGAAACAAAAAAAUUACAAGUAAUACUUUCAAUAAUGAUCUACAGCAGUGAUGAAAAACUCCAUUUUUGCUGGGGCCAGGUAUCAUUUUUGAAACUAAUUCGAGGGCCAAGCUUUAAAAAAUAACUAUCAAAUGUCUUGGAACAAUUUCUAAUGUUAAAUUAUUCUGUAAAAUAAUCAAUAUUUGGCCUUCGAUAGAGAAACAAAAUAUAAUUCUUGGAUAAAAUAUAUUACAGAAAAAUUUAAAAAUAAACUUUAAAUCUAGGAAGUGAGUAUGUGAAUGUCAUAAAUAUAAAAAAUAUUUUUCUGUUGUUUUUUUUUGUGAGAAUGUCAUGGUUUUAUAACUGUAUUGUGACAAUGUAUUCUAGAUACAUGCAAACACUUAUGGCUAAUACAUGACAGUUUGUAUGAUAAUAUUUCAUUGUAAAAAGAUUCUUUAAGUGGGCCUUUGUUGACACAAUGUCGAGGGCCAGAUCCACCCCGCAGGUCACCAGUUGGCCAUCACUGAUCUACAGGAAGCUAAGUUGAUUUACCCUGAAAUAGUUAAACUAUUAAAAAUAAAUAUUUGCAUAUCUGAGAAAGGUUUUUGUAUAGUAAUAACUCAGUAAAAUGGACAGCAGAUUCUUCACACCACAUCUUCUACAUGAUGAUAUUUUUGCAACUAUAUCAUCUGAAUGAGGUUUUACUGCUUAAAUAGAGUUAUUUAUCUACCAGACUUUUUCUUACAGACCUUAUCCUACUGCUUUCUCAUUGUAAACAUUUUCUUCUGUUCUAAUCUAAACUCAACGAUGAAUGUUUUUCCUCAUUGUGAUAAUACUUUUGUAACCUAUGAAGGAGCCUAAAAAUAUACAACUAUAUGUAUUAUUUUUUCAAGUACAAAUACUUAAAAAAAAAAAAGUAUAUUUCAGUUUUGGCCAUGACCUUCAACUUAUGGAUUGAAUAUUUUUCGUAAAAUUUCUCAAGACAUGUUUUGAGACAGGAAUCAUUAUUGUGUUCUUAGCUUUUAUCAGAUCCUCAUAACCGUAUUUAUUGGCUCAAGUCAUUGAUAUAAUUAUUGGCUUAUUAUUUUUGUUCCAGUAAGAGAACUAAUAUAAUAGAUUUGCAUUUUGAUGUAUUAAAACUAUUUCAUUUCUCUUAAUUAUUCAUGUACUGGAAUUGCACAGACUUGAAAAGGUGUUGCCAAAUGUUCACUAGCUUCUCAAAUCCUGUUCCAGGUAAUGAAAACCUUUCCAAUGACCUGCAUGCCUUUGUUUAGGAUUUUUUUUUCAUCAAAACAUUUUCGUUUGCAAGCCACAUUACAUCUGCUUACAUUACACACUUAGUGAAAAAUACUGCAACAUUUUGUGAUAACAGUGGGGACUGUAAUUGUUUGUUCAGUUUUUAAGGUAAAGCAAUGCUGAAAACAUUUAGCAAUAUUAUAGAAUUUAUAAAUCAUGGUACAAUUAAUAGUUAGUUUCUUGACAAUAAUAAUUGUGUUUCCACUCAAUGCACAUUUUGCCUGCUACUGUUUUGUUGCUUUUACAGGUAACUUUCUUAGUGACUUCACAAAGCUUGUUUUUGAAUCCUUAUAAAAAACCAUGCACUAUAUUUUCAAAGAGACUGGCUGGCUCUUCGUGUGUGUGUGAUUUGGAAUUUAUAAUCUACUUAUAGGUAAACUUUGGUCACAACUCCAUGAAAUAUUUUAUGCUGUUAAUUGCUGUCUGUAGGUAAAUUGACAAAUAGUAAUGUGUAAGUUGUAGCUUAGCUCUUAAAUAUGAGACUGCUGAAAAAAAUUGUGUAAAAUAUUUGUCACUUUUAUAUAAAUUUGAUGUGUGCUUAUCUUCAGUAUGUAUUGUUUUACCAAAAUUUAUUAAAAGUAGUCAUAAACAUAUAUAAUUUUGUUUAGAAUGUUGCAUUGUUUCUGUAGGCUUUAAAAACACUUUUGCACUGUGGAAAGAUUUUUAAUUUAGGGAUUUGUUAUAUUAUUUAAUUGUUUGUUUGUUUAUUUAUUUAUUUAUUUAUUUAUUUUGAGCAUUACUGGCAGUUUGUAAGCAAUUGCCUAUUUUUAUAUUUUUCACUGUACAUGUUUAAAGUUCAUAUAACUUGGCAUUAUUUCUGUUUUCCAAAGAAAAUAAGUAGUGUUCUAAAUGGAUUUUAGGUAUUUUUAUGCAUACUGUGUAUGUUGCAUCACUUGAUUUUUGUGUUUAGAUGUUUUAUUGUUAUGUGAUAAUAGAAAAACUGAAAAUUAUCAUACUUUAAUAUAAAUUAUUUGAAGACUAGUGUAGUUAUAUUUUAUUAAUACUUGGCAUUUGUAAAGAAUGUGCCAAUGCUUGAUCCUUGUGUUACAUUGGAUGCUUUAGCUGCUAAAUGGUUAAUGUCAAAAAAUACCCUAGAUGAAUUUGCCAACAAGUUAUAUGUUUAAAUAUAACUAAUUUGCACAAAAUUCACUUCUUAAUUUUGGAAUGUAGAAUCAAGUCCCAACAUUGGUUGGAAAAAUUUCAUCAUUUGGUUUAGAAACCUUAUGCUGUGGCAUAUCUGGGAAGAGAGAUGUUCUUGGGAGCAUGUGAAAUAUAAAUAAAGAUUUAAAAAAUAAUAUAAUGUGAUCUUUGACUUCAAUCCCUAAUUUGUGUAACCAUUCAGAAAAUUACUGAAGUUGCUUGCAGAUAUUCUAGACAUUUUGUGGAGGAGCUUUAGCAAAAUUCUUGCUUUAUAUCACUAGCCUUAUAUCAGCACAAUUUUUGGAUGGUGCUAGUUUUGUUACAAGCAUUAUGGAAAUUCUUUUUAAUGCAUUAAACAUGCAACGGGCAGUUUUGAAUUCCACAUCAGAAGAACGAAUGAUUCGUUCCUAAAAAUGCUCAUGUUAUUCGAUAUCGCAUAUUCUGAAGCAUUAGUUUCCAUAAAUAGCAAGGCAAAUUUAUUUAAUGUGUUCCAAAAUUUUGUAGGAAAAUAUACUUUACGUAAUAUAAAUGCGUUGAAUAACACUCAACUAUAAAUAUGUCACACCAUUUAUCUUUAUAUGCCUCCCAUCGCACUUUUUAUGACAAAUACUUCACCGCGUAAUGGGAGAUACGUUCUUAUGUACUUUAUCGUCAGUCGGCUGGCUGACUUGCCCACCCACCCGCAUGUCGCGUACCUAUCCAAACCAUCCUUUACUGGCAGUGAAACCGAUAUUACUGUCCGUAUAGUUACAUUUUAAUUUUUCAAAAUUUAAAGUGCUUAUUCGCUUAUCACCACCUGGUUCACACCAAUUCUGUCAGGCCAAUAAUAAAUUUUUUUCAUUGCAACAUUCAUUUAACAACCUUUUCCACGUGAAUCAUCUGUUCAUUUCUGUUCCGGUAUCUAAUGUCAAAUAUAUUCCUGCUAGUACAACCAGCAGCGUCAGACUUAUGUAAACUUUUGGUAAGAGUCAUUUCGUACGAUUGUGCGCAAAGUUGACUUGCUUAAAACUAAAGUGCAACCUACAUAAGUGUGGACUUCAUGACAAUCUGCGUGCCGUAAUACUUCUAGUUUUGUCUCAAAUACUUGAACACAAUGCAUUAUGAGUGAUCAAGCACGUACAGUUACAGGCAGCUGAAUGGGCAGACGUUGCUUUUGUUUGAGUGAAUUCCCUGCCACUGGCUAGACUGAAAUCACGGCCCGGUAUGUGGCCAGGCAACAACGGUACGGCACGGCGGCAUACGUGCGGACAUAAAAACAUUUGGUCCUUUCACACCAUAGCCGCAACUUAACUUGCCAUAGCUGAUGUUUUUACAACAGCCGAUAGUGUAGACAGACCUGUACGCACAUCUCCUCUCCCCUUGUUUGGCUAACUGUAUCCCACGGCACAUCUGUUGUUUACAGAAGUUGAAGCAGACUUUGUGGCGUUGUGCUUGACUUUUUUUUUUUUUGCCUGCCGAGAUUUCGUGCUAACUGAAAUUUACAGACGUGCUAUUCAAGACUGGGACAGUAAAAUUCACAGUGCGUUAAAUGAAUCCGCGCAAUCUGAAGACUUGCUAAGUGAGUGAUAGGUGUAUUCACUCUGACUUUAAAGAAGAAAAUAAAAUAACAGCCCUUGCACAGUGUUUGUAAAGUAUCCGAUUUAUGGUUAUGACUAGCUCAUCAAAUAAUGUCGCCGAGGUAUGGAAGUAAAACAUUUUUCAUCGUGUUUCAACUUUCCAAGUGGCAGUAAUAUAUUGUCACAUUUUCUCUUGUUAAGUGACAGGCUGCAAGAAAUGCACACAAUAAUAGUCUAUAGUGUGUUUCAUGCUUAGAUAAUAGUACAGAGCAAAUAAAUGGUGCACACUGUUGCCAGACUGAUACUACCUAUCUUGUUUGCAUUAAAAUUCUUAUUUUGUAU